AUGGGUCAGAACCAAGCGCACGGCGAGGAGGAUCCGGACUCUGAAGUGGCUCUGCAGCACAUCCAGGAGCUGUACCGAAAAUUCGCCAAUGAGUGCCCCAGUGGGAACCUGCACCUCCACGAAUUCAAGAAGAUAUUUGGAUUCAGCAAAAACUCCACCGAAGAAGAGUCCGCCUACAUGGAGAACGUGUUCCGGAGCUUCGACACCAACGGGGAUGGACACAUAGACUUCCUUGAGUACGUGGCUGCGGUGCAUCUGAUUCUUCGGGGGAAACUCAAAGACAAACUGGUGUGGUCCUUCAAAGUGUUCGACCGCGACGGCAACGGUUCCCUGGACCGAGCCGAGGUCGGCCUCAUCAUCAAGAUCAUUGGAAAUAUAAAGCAGCCGCAGGAACCAAACAGCACCAGAAACGUGGAUGAAAUCGUGGAGAGAAUCUUUGCUCUGAUUGACAAGAACAAUGACAGUGAGAUAUCUCUGGAGGAGUUCAUAGACGGUGCAGAGAAGGACCCUUGGGUGCUAAACCAGCUCAAGCUGAACAUCGGCCCGUGUGAGUGGUUCAUGGAACAGCAGGAGCGGAAGAACUCAACCAGUUGA